UCUAGCUAACUCGUUUCAGGCUGUGUAUGUGUGUGUGUGUGUGUGUGUUAGUUGGUGUGUGAAGAAGGUGCGGGGGAGAAACACACACCACACACACCCCUACACACACUUACACACACUCACACACACUCACAGCACCGGCGGGGUGAAACUGCGUCCAGUCUACUGAAAAUCUCCGGGCUGGUGUUUUUAUUUCAGCUAAAUCUCCCACAUUUCAGCAGCAGCGGAUCUCCUGUCUGUCUGAGAGCGCUGGUUUAGAGCAGGACGGGCUCUGAAACAUCACUGAUUUAGCUUAGAAACGAGAGAGCGCCUUCAGAACAUUUACAAAAUCAUUAAAAAGAAGAAAAACAAACCAAAAGGAACAACAUGUUUCGUUUAGUUUUGGCAGCUGUUUGCAACAAACCCGGAUAACAACCAACCAAAGGCUGCGUAUUAACCUAACUACAGAGAGAGAGGACUGGGAGGCUGCUGCUGUUUUUUGAUCUGCUGUUUGGAAUUUCACUCAACGGAUGCAUUUCGGGAUAGCUGAGCAUAUGCGAGAGUGUGAAUACAGUCAGAUCAGCACUCGCAGCUCCACACCAAUGGAGUCUCCGCAUAAGAGGAGGACUAUGAAGAAGAAGUGGCAGGUUUUCCCUGGAAGGAAUAAAUUCUAUUGCGAUGGCAGGAUUAUGAUGGCAAGGCAGACUGGAGUCUUCUACCUAACACUCGUUCUCAUCGUCGUCACCAGUGGACUCUUCUUCACAUUCGACUGCCCAUUCCUGGCAAACACCCUCACACCAGCCAUCCCAGUGAUCGGUGGUGUGCUGUUCUCCUUUGUGUUGGGAACGUUACUCAGGACCAGCUUCAGUGACCCCGGGGUGCUGCCCAGAGCCACGCCUGAUGAGGCUGCAGACUUGGAGCGACAGAUAGACAUCGCCAACGGCUCCAGCUCGACGGGGUACAGACCUCCCCCCAGGACGAGAGAGGUCACCAUUAACGGACAGACCGUCAAGCUGAAGUACUGUUUCACCUGCAAGAUCUUCAGACCGCCUCGUGCCUCUCACUGCAGCCUUUGUGAUAACUGUGUGGAGCGAUUCGACCAUCACUGUCCCUGGGUGGGAAACUGUGUGGGCAAAAGGAACUACCGCUUCUUCUACAUGUUCAUCCUGUCACUGUCCUUCCUGACAAUCUUCAUCUUUGCCUUCGUCAUCACACACAUUAUCAUGCAAUCUCAUAAAAAAGGCUUCCUCACCGCACUCAAAGACAGUCCUGCCAGUGUGCUGGAGGUCGUGGUGUGUUUUUUCUCUGUGUGGUCGAUAGUGGGACUCUCCGGUUUCCACACCUACCUAAUAGGAUCCAAUCAGACCACAAAUGAAGAUAUAAAAGGAUCAUGGUCUACUAAAAGAGGGAAAGAAAAUUACAACCCUUACAGUUAUGGAAACAUAUUCACAAACUGCUGUGCAGCGCUCUGUGGUCCUCUACCGCCCAGUCUCAUUGACAGAAGAGGCUUCGUACUGCCAGAUACGCCCCAGCCAGCGCCACCCACCAACGGCAUCACAAUGUACGGUGCCACUCAGUCCCAGACACAUAUGUGUGACCAAGACCAGUGCAUUCAGAGCACCAAAUUCAUUUUGCAGGCUGCUGCCACUCCCCUGCUGCAGAGCGAACAGCCCGUGGUCAUGGCGGACGACUCGUCUCUUCCUGGACGGACGGCUAUCGGUGGUCCCUGCACUCUGCUACCUUUGGGACAGCCCACGCCGCCCACCUCCACGCCAAACCUGAGCUGUGAACCGGAAAUGCUGCACCAGAGCCAUCCUGCAACAGAGGGACACCACCACUUCCUCACACCAGACGAAGCCCCUUCGCCACCUGGCAUGCUGCCCUGCGGCAGUCCGCUGGGCCACAGCCACACCAUGCCUUUCUAUAACCCUGCCAGCCAGGACUCUCUCCAUGAGGACUCAGUCAGAGGCCUGGUCAAACUCAGCUCAGUUUAAAAACGGACAUGUGAGCUCUCAUAAAACACAAAUGCCAUCCGUCCCUUAACACCUUCCUUUAAACACUUUCUUUUGUUUGUUUGUUUUUUUUAAACCACCUCUUCUUUCACCUCAAUGUGAUGGCCUGGACUCUCCUCCACCCCGGUCUACAAAUCUGCCAGACUGCCAAACUCUACUGAAAUCUCUCUUUUUACUCCUCUAAAGGACUGCUAAAAGACUGCCUGUGGAUGCACAACCUACUGCCCUGAACGCUGGGUGGCUGGUAAACCAAAGGGCUGUACCUAGUGGAGUGUAUCAUAACAUAUAUAAAGAGAGGUGGUGUUACAGUUCCUCUUGAUAAGCUGCUUCAUAACUCAGUUGCUGGGCUCCCUUUAUCGUCUUUUUCUUUAUUUUUUUGGUAAAUCGGACAAAUAAAAGAAAGAAAAGCAAGCAGCCUGCCUGGCAACUCAGAACGAACAGUGUUUCAUAUUGUUUGAUGACUAUUGUUGACAGUCGAUUACGUGCGUUAUGAUCUGUCACCACGUUGCAUAUCAAACUGUUAAGCUUUAAGUUGCAUAUUUUCGAAAGGAAUAUGGUAUUGUGUUGUGCCAUAAUGUUUUUUUUCUUUUUUCCAACAAAUUGGUAUAUUUCCUGUGGAUAUGAAAUAAAUUCCCAGAGUUUUUAAAUGGGAUUCUGUAA